ACCCCCCUUCCCCACCAACACCACCAUCUUCACACCUCCAGUGAUCUCAUUUUCUCUCUCUAAUACUCCCUCUCUCUUUCUCUCUCUAAAAUUUGGACUAAAAAAGACUCUUUAACUUUAUAUUUCAAGAACUCAAAUUGUUAACAUGAAACUUACUAGAUCUUAACCAUUUAACUUAAAUAUCAAUUGGGGUCAUAGUUGUUUCUUGUAAGCUGCAUUGCUAGGGUCUACAAUGGAUCGUCGGAGUUGGCCUUGGAAGAAGAAAUCAUCAGAUAAGACAGCAAGUGAGAAACCUGCAGCAUCUCUUAUAGUGGAAUCAGCAUCUGCAUCUGCUCCUUCAAAUACAACUGAAUCUCAGGUUGAUCAGAGUAAACAGGAAAUCAAGAAACCAAAAUAUGUGCAAAUUUCUGUUGAAUCAUAUUCACAUUUGACUGGACUGGAGGAUCAAGUUAAGUCUUUCGAGGAACAAGUGAACGGCUUAGAGGAUGAAAUCAAGGAUUUAAAUGAAAAGUUGUCUGCUGCACAGUUAGAAAUGACUAAUAAGGAGAACCUGGUGAAACAACAUGCUAAAGUUGCUGAAGAAGCUGUCUCAGGUUGGGAGAAGGCUGAGUCAGAAGCCGCGACACUGAAAAAUCACUUGGAAUCGGUCACUCUUUUGAAGCUCACUGCUGAAGACCGGGCAGCACAUCUGGAUGGUGCCCUAAAGGAGUGCAUGAGGCAGAUACGAAAUUUGAAAGAAGAGCACGAACAGAAGCUGCAUGAUGUGAUUCAGAGUAAAACCAAACAGUUUGACAAAAUGAAGCACGAGUUCGAAGCAAAGUUAGCUAACUUGGACCAACAGUUACUCAGGUCCACUGCAGAAAAUUCUGCACUCUCGAGGUCUUUGCAGGAGCGCUCUAGCAUGGUGAUACAGCUCAGCGAAGAAAAAUCCCAAGCUGAAGGAGAAAUAGAGAUGUUGAAGAGCAAGAUCGAGUCAUGUGAAAAGGAAAUAAAUUCUCUGAAAUAUGAACUCCAUAUUGCUGCAAAAGAGCUAGAAAUUCGUAAUGAGGAGAAAAAUAUGAGUGUACGGUCUGCAGAAGUAGCAAACAAGCAACACCUGGAGGGAGUAAAGAAAAUCACGAAAUUGGAAGCUGAGUGUCAGAGAUUACGUGGUCUUGUCCGGAAGAAGUUGCCUGGGCCCGCAGCCUUGGCCCAAAUGAAGAUUGAGGUUGAGAGUUUGGGUCGAGAUUAUGGGGACAGCCGUGUAAAGAAGUCCCAAGCAAGGCCUUCUAGUCCACAGUUUUCCAGUUUGCCGGAUUUUUCAUUUGAUAGUGUGCAGAAGUUCCAUAAAGAGAAUGAGCAACUAACGGAACGGCUUUUGGCAAUGGAGGAGGAAACAAAGAUGUUGAAAGAAGCUUUGGCACACCGGAACAGUGAAUUGCAGACCUCGAGGAGUAUUUGCGCAAAGACGGCUAGCAAGCUUCAAAAUUUGGAAGCACAGCUGCAAGCAAAUGUUGAACAGAAAAGCCCACAAAAGUCUUUUAGCCAUGAAGCAAAUCAUCUUCCAAGAUUGGCUUCCAUGUCUGAAGAUGGAAAUGACGAUAAUGUUAGUUGUGCUAGCUCUUGGACGACAGCAUUAAUGAAGGAAAAGAACUUUGACAGUCCGCAUAAAUCUGAAAGUGCAAGUCACCUGGAUCUCAUGGAUGACUUUUUGGAGAUGGAGAAAUUAGCUUAUCAGUCCAGUGAUACAAAUGGAGCAGUUUCAAGUCCAGAUAUUCCAAAUAGUGGAAAACCCGAAACUACAAAAGUUGACAGCUCUGCAUAUUCUCAGCUGAAACAACACAACGAGACAAGUAUAUCAGGAAAUCAAGCAUCUCCCGAAGAGGAAAUAUCAUCACAGAAUCAUCAACCUCUUUCCAGUCCAUCCAUAUUCAUGAAGCUCCAAUCAAGAAUUUCAUCAGUUUUGGAGUCUUUGUCUAAGGAAGUUGACAUUCAAAGAAUUCAAGAGGAUCUCAGAGAGAUUGUGCAGGAAAUGCGCAACGCCGCCAUACCACAAUCAACCGAAUCUCAGCCUUCUCUUGAUGAUGGUGAGGCUAACUUAGAAAAGGACAUUCCUGUCUCACAGGAUAGUGGCAUUAGCAAAGAAUUAGCAGAUGCUAUGUCAAAAAUUCAUGACUUUGUGCUCUUUUUGGGCAAAGAAGCAAAGGCUAUCCAAGGAACAGCUCCUGAUGGAAGUGGAAUCAAUGAAAAAUUAGCUGAUUUUUCUGCCACUUACGUUGAAGUAAUAGCGAGCAGGUUGAGUAUGGUGAAUUUUGUCCUUGAUCUCUCUCGUGUACUGAGUAAUGCUAGCGAACUACACUUCAAUAUCCUCGGCUACAAGAAUUCUGAAACAGAAAUAAGCACUUCUGAUUGCAUAGACAAGGUUGCUUUACCAGAAAAUAAAGUUCUUCAUCACUCUGGAGAAGAGGUAUAUGCAAACGGUUGCGCUCAUUUUUCUGAUUCCACAUCCGAUCCAGACAUUCCUCAUGAAGGAAAUCUUGUUCCGACUUCAGAGUCAACAUCGACCUCGUUGAAGUGCUCGUUGGAGGAGUUUGAACAAUUGAAAUUAGAGAAAGAGAAUAUGGCACUUGAUCUUGCUAAAAACGCUGAGCACUUGGAAAGCACUAAAUCCCAAUUGGCUGAAACCGAGCAGCUUCUAGCAGAGGUUAAGUCACAAUUGGUAUCUGCUCAAAAGGCCAACAGUUUGGCUGAAACUCAGCUCAAAUGCAUGGCAGAGUCAUAUAACUCACUUGAAACUCGGACUGUGGAGUUGCAAAGUGAAGUCAACCGUCUUCAGGAAAAGAUAGAAAGUCUUGAUAAGGAGCUUCAAGACGAAAAGAAGAGUCACGAGGAAGCUUUAGCUAGAUGCACCGAUCUCGAAGAGCAACUGCAAAGGAUGGAGAGUGCUGCUCAUGAUCUUGAUGUGAAGAACAGCCAGGAGAACGAGUUAGCAGCUGCAGCAGAGAAGCUGGCUGAGUGUCAAGAAACCAUAUUUCUCCUGGGGAAGCAGUUGAACUCUUUGCGUCCUCCUCAGACAGAAUUUAUGGGGUCUCCAUACAUCGACAGAAAUUCAAAAGGCGAAGGCUUUAGGGAAGAAUCGACAACCACUAGCAUGAACUUGCAUGACAAUGAUCUAGCUGAGAUGGACACUGCUAGUUCCGUAAAAGCAACUUGCGAGUCCCCUGUGGAUAUAUAUAAUAGCGUAUCAUAUAGUCCUUCAGACACUGAAGUAAACAAUCCAUUGAGAUCACCAAUCGGCUCAAAGUCUCCGAAACACAGGCCUACUAAGUCUGGCUCUUCGUCAUCUUCUGGCCCCACGCCUGAAAAACAAUCGCGUGGUUUCAGCCGAUUCUUUUCUUCUAAGGGAAAGAACGGAUAUUAAGCGUGCAGCUUUGUGCCAAUUAAUAAAGAUUCCACAGGCACGGAAACGUUGACUUGAUUACUGUAGAUAAUUUGCUUCAUUGCAACUUUCUUGAGGUGUUUCACACUUUGGAAUCCCCUACUUUGGCCAGUUGAGGCUAAAGGUUAUACAAGAAAAUCCAUUUCUCUGGUUCAUUAGCAGCUAUGUGUUCUUAUUUUUUAUUUUGUGUAGUGAAGUUCUUGAAAUGUUUGUACACGUAGGUCCUGCUCCUUGAAAUUACACAAUGAAGAAGCCAUUUUGUAUGUUUUCUUGUAUGAGAAGAUGUUGUGUGAUUACUAUAAAAUAAUAGUUGUAUGAUAUGACUAUAUAUGAUUUAUAUACCUUGUGGAAAUGGCUUGACAGCAAA